AGUAAGCUACAUGCUUUUGUCAAGAUAACACUUUAUUGAUAAAGUUGUCCAAAUUCUGCCAAAAGUAUGGUUUGUCCAACUGAUUUUGAUAAAUUAGAUAUCAAAGCUUAUAUAUUGAAUAAAUAUGUACCAGCAAAAGUGUCAGAACCGAUGUACAUUAUUUCUUCUGCAGAUGAUUUGGACGAACUGAAGUCAACAAAACAUGCCCAGCUCCAAUGCUCCGACCUUAUUUGGCCGUUUUCUAGGCCUGGAGCCUUGCCCGCGGAAGUACCAAUUAAGGAAGUACAAAUAUUGACUGAACAAAAUGAUGAAAUAAAAGAAAAGUGCAUUAUGGAAUUAAUAAUGGAAAUGCAAGCAGACAGCAAUUACUACCAACCAGGGGAUACUAUAGGUAUACUACCGUAUAACAACAGCAGAGACGUGCAAUCACUGUUGCAGCACAUGGAUCUCACAAAUAAAUCAAAUAGCACUUUUGAGCUGCAAAUUUCACCAAAAUGCACAAAGAAAACGGCCAAGUUGCCACCUUACAUUCCUACACAUUGCACUCCGUUCAAAUUGCUGCGUGAUUGUCUUAAUCUACAUGCCAUUCCAAAAAAACAGUUCCUUAAUAGCUUGGCUAACUGCUGUGGAAAUACAGAUGAACGUGAAUUUCUGAGCUGUCUAUCAUCCAAAGAAGGGAGCCCUUAUUAUAAUGAACUUAUUUUGCAACGUGGUCUAACUUUACUUGAACUGAUGGAAUUGUGCCCUUCGUGUAAGCCCACAUUAGAAGUACUUAUUGAGCACUUGCCCCGCUUGUUACCACGCCCCUAUUCCAUAGCUAACAACGUAAUAUCCCAAGAAAUAAAAAUUAUAUUUUCAAUACUCACGGAAAAACCUGGUGUUACUACAAAUAUGUUAAAAAGUUUGGGAAUGCCCUUUCUUAAGGCUAAGAAACCCGUGGAGUUACCCAAAGUUAUUGCAUACGCGCGGCAUUCCAGCGAGUUUCGGUUCACUUCACAAGAAGCCAGCGAAAACAAUCAUAUUCUAAUUGGUGUUGGUACUGCUUUAGCACCUUUUCUAGGUUUUUUAGAAAAGAAGGAACAACUGCUUACUGAUGGGGCAUAUACAUCAUUAGGCGAUACUUGGCUCUUUGCCGGUGCUGCCACAGAAAGUAGUAUACUGCAUAGGGAGAAUGUUUUAGCGUUUUAUAGUACUGGUGUACUGCAACGGUACUUUGAAUGUCUGUCUCGCGUGCCCAGUGCAAAAUAUCACUAUGUUCAGGAACAAAUAUUAGCGAAUGCUACGGAAUUGAUUGAAUUUCUACUGCAAGAGAAUACUGUAUUGUACGUUUGUGCUGAUGGUGGUUCGGUUUCGAAAUCAAUUGAAAAAGCAAUUGUGGAAUGUUUUGCACAAGUUCAGCAAAUAACACUCGAGGAAGCUUUAGAAACAAUAAAAACUUUUAAGCGGAACGGUAAGUUCCGCGAGGAUUUAUGGUUGUAGUUAUUUGUAAAUUAUACGAAAAUUAGCGUAUAGAAUGAAUUGUAAAAAAUGUAUUUUUAUAUACGUAUGUACAUAGUUAAAUGUAAAAAAGAAAAA